AUGGCAUCGAAUGACACGUUGCGAAAUGAUGUAGAUGAAGAAAAAGGAACGACGGCAGAUGGUACAGCUGCCAAACCACCGCCACCGCCUACGCUGUAUAAAAUAAUCAAUCGGAAGAAUGAGGCGCCGUUCGAAUUGAAGCUUAUCCCCGACAUUCUCAUUUUCAAGUAUUAUAUGGUUCCCGCCUAUGCCACGUUCACUAUUCACAACACGAAGACGGAGAAGCACGCGUUUAAGGUCAAAUCAAGUGACAACAACGUGUACCAGGCGAAACCAAGCGUCGGAUUCAUAAAACCGGGUGAGAAAGUCCAUAUCCGAGUGAUGUACCAAAAUCCAGCCCAGACGGGACCGGCUGACUGUGACUCGAAAAAACACGUGGCAGUGUAUCACGUGACUGCUGGAAACGCGAAAACUUAUAAGGAAGCGUUCGCGAAGAAAGAGAAGCGAGAAGGUGUCUAUCACUACUACUGUAACCAUCAGGCAGAGGUUCAGCAAGUGGCGGAUGGUGAUGAGGAGAAAAAAGAUGAGAAUCAAGAGGAGAAGAAAAAAGAUGAGAAUCAAGAGGAGAAGAAAUAA